CCCAGAGGCCAUUUUAUUCACUGCCUUCCCCACCUCAGGCGGCAGGAGGCGGGCGGGCUCGGCGCUCAUAGGCCGCGGGACCCUCGCUGGGCGGGGACGGGCGUUUGGCGCGCUGCUUCGCCGGCUGGAGGGACGAGCGAGCGAGAGCCGAGAGAAAAGGGGCGUCCCUCUCGCGUCGCCGCGCUCCUCUCUUGCUCCUCCUCCUCUGGCGGCGCCGCCGCCAUGUCCCGCCAAAGCUCCCUCCUCAGCUUCUUUCCCAUGUCGGAGGCCAAGCGCGACGGCGACGGCGGCUGCAGCCCCCACAGCGAUGCCGAGCCCGAGGGCGGGCGCAUGUUGUCGCCCAGAGGGUCGGGCAUCCGAGGGAGGACCAGGGCGCCCCCCACGGACUGGUAAGCCCCCGCGCUGAGGAAACGAAAAGGCGGCGGUUGGCGGGCCAAGAGCGUGGAGCGCGCAGGCGCCGCUUCCAUGAGGCGGCGGCGGCGGCGGGCCUCUCUCUCGCAUACUAGGCCCGAAGGCGGCUUCUUCUCAGGCCGGGUAGACCCUGAGGGAGAGAGAGAGAGAAAAGGAUGGCGCGCGCGAUAGCGGAGGGUGGGUUGGCGAGGCGCGCAGGUGAGGUGGAGGGACGGGCCUCAGGUGUGGCGGGGAGAGGCAGCGCGGGAAAAGGGCAGGUUCGCGGGGAGGCCCCUCUUCAGGAGGCCGCGCAGGCUCGUGGGGCAUCUCCGCGUGGCGGGAGGCGCCCCGCUCUUCCGAGCAGAAGCGGCAGGCUGCGCCAUGAUGCUGGAACGGUAGCUGGUGGCAUCUGGCAUCCUCCUUCUCGAAUUUGCCUCUCAGAUCUUUCCGAAUCGGUGGCCCGAAAGCUCCCCGAAACUGCUUAAAGCUCCCUGAUUUGCAGCUUGGUAUAAGUGGGUUGGUGGCCUUUUGUGUUCUCUCCCCCCCCCCCAUUGUGUUUCCUUCCCCUUUUCAUAUGGCAGCACAUGGUACAGCCCAGUACUUUGGCACACUUAAAGGAAUGCGGGGUUGGGAAUCUGCCAUGUGCAACGGUUUCACGGAUCGUAAAUCACUGAAUCCAGAACGGAAGGAACCGUGGAUGGCAGCUGUUGAAUAAGAUUUGGCACGGAUCCCUGAGGAUUAUCUAGUCCAGGCAUCCCCAACCUUCGGCCCUCCAGAUGUUUUGGACUACAGUUCCCAUCAUCCCUGACCAUUGGUCCUGUUAGCUAGGGAUCAUGGGAGUUGUAGGCCAAAACAUCUGGAGGGGGCCGCAGGUUGAGGAUGCCUGAUCUAGUCCAACCCUUCAAUGAAGGAACCUCAACAUGUGAUCCCCUAUGCACCCUGGAUCCUGCUUCACUUUCCAAAUGGACUAGGGAAUUUUGUUGCUGCACCAUUCGCAAGUUAAUGUGAAGGAGUGCUGAAAAAUAGCUAUACUUAAUCAUACAUUAAGUUUGGGCUAUACAAGAGGAGUUAAAAGAUUCCUGAUUGACUAGAUUUACCACUUCCUGCAGCAGGUUGUAAUUGUGAUAGAAUGUGUUUUGAAAAUGCAAGGAUAGAUAGUGUUUUGAAAAUGCAAGGAUGCAUAUCUUACCAAGUAAAAUGGAGUGAAUGUGCAUAGGAUCUAGGUGCAGGAUCAUUGUCUGAAUGGAUGGAUGAAUGAAUGAAUGCAUGCUUGCUUGAGGGCAAGUGCCCUUGGAUUCAGUGCAGUUUGUUUUUUCAGGCCCAGCUGCAUAGAUAAGCAUGCAGAACUGCAAUUUAUGUAUGUUUUGUUGUUGUUUAGUCGUGUCCGACUCGUCGUGACCCCAUGGACCAGAGCACGCCAGGCACUCCUGUCUUCCACUGCCACUUGCAGUUUGGUCAAACUCAUGUUGGUAGCAUCAAGAACACUGUCCAACCAUCUCAUCCUCUGUUGUCCUCUUCUCCUUGUGCCCUCAAUCUUUCCCAACAUCGGGGUCUUUUCCAGGGAGUCUUCUCUCCUUUUUUUUUUUUAAAAAAAAAUAAUUUUUAUUAAAGUUUUAAACAACAAAGAAAACACACACAAAAAGCAAUACAAAACUCAACAAUAAAGAAAACAAAAAACAUAACAAUUAAAAACAAACUCUCUUUUCCAUUUCCAUUUUUAGAUUACUUAUUUUCUGGACUUCCUCAUACCUCCCUCUUUUGUAUUCCAAUCCAAAUUAUUUGUCCAGCAGUUUCUUUUCCACUUUUUUAAUCCCCAUCUUUAAUUUAAUAAAAUGUUACAAUAUAUAACUUCCACUUCUUUAAACCUAAUCCUUGAUCUUAAUAUCAUAUAACGUUAAAAUUUUCCCUUUUAAUAUCAAAUUUCCAUUUCUUUAAACAUCUUUAAUCUUGAUCUUUAAUCUUAAUCUAUCAUUGACUUUAACCUGUGCAGCUGGAAACCACUUAUUUUCAGUCCAACAUCACUUUAACAUUCCUUAAUUUUGCAAUGUUUCUGAAGAUAGUCUUUGAAUUUCUUCCAGUCUUCCUCCAUCGACUCUUCUCCCUGGUCACAGAGUCUUCUCUCCUCAUGAGGUGGCCAAAGUACUGGAGCCUCAGCUUCAGGAUCUGUCCUUACAGUGAGCACACAGGGCUGAUUUCCUUCAGAAUGCAUAGGUUUGAUCUUCUUGCAGUCCAUGGGACUCUCAAGAGUCUCCUCCAGCACCAUAAUUCAAAAGCAUCAAUUCUUUGGGAUCAGCCUUCUUUAUGGUCCAGCUCUCACUUCCAUACAUCACUACUGGGAAAACCAUAGCUUUAACUACACGGACCUUUGUUGGCAAGGUGAUGUCUCUGCUUUUUAAGAUGCUGUCUAGGUUUGUCAUCGCUUUUCUCCCAAGAAGCAGGCGUCUUUUAAUUUUUGACUGCUGUAUGUUUGCUCAAAUGUAAAUUCUGUCUAAGAACAUAAGAGAAACCUACUGAGUCAGGGCAGUGGCCAAUCUAAUCCAGCAUCCUGUUCUUACAGUGCCUGAUCAGAUAUCUGUGGGAAGCCUUCAAGAUAGGCAUGGGGGGGGGGACUAUGAGCCCUUGGUCCAGGUGAUGGCAUACCCUGCAACAUUUCUCCAGUGAAAAUAGGGAUGUCCUAUUUAAUAAUAGUAACAAUAAUACCAUUAUUUAUACCCUGCCCAUCUAACUGGGUUGCCCCAGCCACUCUGGGCAGCUUCCACCAUAUAUUAAAAACAUAUUAAAAUAUUAAACAUUAAAAAACUUCGCUAUACAGAGCUGCCUUCAGAUGUCUUCUAAAGGUUGGCUUGGCUCUGGGGUCACAUAACUCCAUACCCUCCAACAUUUCUCUGAUGAAAAUAGGGCCAUCCUAAGGAAAAGCAGGACUUUCUGGGAUCAAAUCAGAAACCGGGAUGACUUCUGUAAAUCCAGGACUGUCCCUGGAAAAUAGGGACACUUGGAGGGUCUUUGAUGGGGGUAAGCUGACUUUAAAGGAAAUGAAACUAAAAAUUCCCCAAACCCUCCUCUCGGCCCUGCAUAGUAAGGGUAGGGUACCUGAGCAAAGGGUCAUGACUGCUCCUUGUCAUCUUGGCGGCAUGAUUUUCACAUUGCAAUUUGGUGUAAUGUGCAAACUGUUUCCAACAAGUUAGAAAGGGAAGGUGCUUCAAUCUCCUAGUGACACUGAUAAUCAAAACUAGCACCAUGCUAUGAAAAUCACAGGCCUAUAGUAAACUGCACCAGCAGAAAAUUUAGUAAACUGCACCAGCAAUGUAUUAUGAAAACGAUAGGCCCUAGGGCAGGAAUUAGUCUAUUUCAGGCACAUACAACUCCCUAGACACUGCGAUUUACUCCCGGUAUAAAAAAAACUGACAGUGAUCUACCCAGAGUUGUUGAGUUGUUGUUUUUUUAGUUGUUUUUUAGUGUGUGUGUUUUUUAAUGAUGGACCAGAGUUGUUGAGUGAUUGACUGGCUGGACAUGCCUGAUCUAUUUAAUAAUCCAGACCUGGUUAAAGCUUCCUGAGGGCAGAACAGGCCCUGCCUGACAUUUUUCCUGUUAACCUGUGACAAAGACUACAUUUUAUGUACCAGGCUGCUGCUUUAGUGGUUAAAGGCGCUUUAGAUUCCUAUGGAAUCAGUUGCCACAUGCGGGCAUGAGGGUUUAUACUCCCCCUCUGUAUUAGCCGACAGAGUAUUUAUUGAUGAUUUUUAACAUCUAGGAGAAUGAGGAAUUUGCUCAGUGUAAGAUAUUAGCAGUGAAGCUGCAGGUUCAGGAUAGCAUGGUGAGCUAGCAUGGUGAAGUGCUAGUGGAUCUUUCUGUAUACUUGUAUUUUUACAAGGUUUACUACUAAGGCCAGAAAAAAACUAUUAACAGUAGAUUAGUUCAUGAUGUAGCAGCAUCUAUUAAGGGCUAAAAUAGCUAAUGUGUUAAUGCUUGUCUUGUGCUAUUGUUAGGAUAUCUGAUCCUAAGGGGUCCGGAUCCAGUCACCUCGUGCCCUUGCUGUUAGCAUGAAGGAGUCAAACAUACACCAGGGUGGGUUCCACAGAGAAAAAGGUUUAUUGCAAAAUCUGUGCAGAGUUAGCCAGUGGAAUAGCUUCCAAAGACUGGCCGCCCCCUAUUGUCUUCCAAGCAUUCUUAUACUGAAGCUGCAAGCUUGCCCUCAGUUGCUCCCCAAUCAACAGGCAGAGAUACACUUUAUUACCUUUUUAGGUUAGCUAAGCCCUCCUCCCCCACCGUUGCAUAUUGUUUGCUUUGCAUUAUGUGUUUGCAUCUUUGCACAGCUGAGGUGGGAAGCUAGCUCACCACAACUGAAGCAGACAGGGAAACCACUACCGGCCUGCCGAGCUGAGCUUCUUUUGCUUCAGCUAAGUAGGAGGCCAGACAGGAAACCCACUGCCUGCCCGCAGAGCUAUCUUGCAUAGCUAAGACAAUUGUUAGCUGGAGCUAGCUAAAGCACGAUGGAGUUUUUACCUUCCCCCUCUUCUCUACUCUCCCUUCACUAUGAGACAUUCAACUUUCUAUUCUAAACGGAACUGAGCGGGCAAGGAGUUUUCUUAAUGGGAACUCUGGAAAAGGCUCACUACUGCAAAGCAGGAAAACUGAAUGUUCUGCUGGAAGAUUACUGGAGCUGUGCAUACUCUGCUGAGCACAAUAGCCGAAAUGGGUCAUAUCAACAGAUAGUGAGCCCAAAUCUUAACAGGUUAUGGGCCAACUGACUUCUACAAGUCUCACAUCAGCAACUUUUUCUUUUUUUUCCUCACUCAGCAAGUACUAUUUUUUAAUUUUUUUAAAAAAUAGAUUUUAUUGAUACAUCAGAACAAAACAGAAAAAAACAAAAACAAUAUACAGCAAUAAAAAGAAAUUAAAAAUUAGAUAACAACAAUAAAAGUUACAACCAACGAAACUUAAACAUUUACACCACAUAAAUAUAAAUAACAUAAAGUUUUGACUUCAAGUUGAACUUAUUUUUAAUGCAUCCAAGUAGACGUAGUCUCAACUAUUCUGGAGACCACGUAAAGGCUGUGGCCAGAUUGGGAUUUAGGUUUGGGGUUGCCUGGCGGUCAAAAGGCAACAUCACAAGCUUGCAAAAAAUAAAAUAAUUGAAACAGGAAGCUCCCGUCUGAGCUCUUCCCUGCUCCUUCCUUCAGUUUUUUACUUUGCCUUGCAGAAAGCAAUCGUUUCUUCCUGAGACUCUUGGUGUUCUCCUUUCAGAUUGGUUAUUUCUUUGUCUCUUCUACCUCUAGUUGAAUUUCUCUCUGUGUUUAGCCUCAUCAUUAGUUCUCCUCCUUCCCGGCUCUGGUGUUUUUCCACUCAUUUUUCAAAGUCUCUUCAGUUGUCGGCUGCCUUCCUUAUCUACAGCCUCUUUAGAGACUGCAUUGUCCUUGACUUCGCUGAUUUCAGCCAUAGUAGCCUCCAGAUUUCCCCUCCCCCUCCGACUUCUUCCUCAGUGCAGCUAAAGCCUUUCAAAACCAGUCUGCGGGGUGGGUGGGUGUUAGAGAGUUGCCCUGCAUUUUUGGUUAGUGAUUAACGAUCUGCUAUAAUUCAGAGAGCUGCAUUGUCUACACUUAAGUAGAAAGGCACAGAAGAAAUCUACACCCGCCUGCAGCUAGUUGCAGCAGCAAAACCACAGCCUGUAAAGACAAUAGAAAAUUUUACAGCAAACUCUGCUUCUAUUCAAGAUUUAGUUCCAGUCCUCUCAGGGGCAGCACUUGUCACUUUCAACUGAUAUGGUAGAUCUUCCCAGCUUUCCAGACUCUCUUGCCCGGUUGCUAUUCAGAACAUCUCAGAGCCAGAUUUUUUUUUGGGGGGUGGACCCCCAUUCUUCUGGCAUUCUUCUAACUAUGGAGGAUGGUUCAAUGGAAGGUCAGCAGGGGGCUCUGCUUUGGCUAAGUAAGGAAGUGCAGAGAGGAGGACAAUGCAAUCUCUCCCUGGUGAAGCGGACGGCAAGAUCUUCCUCAGCCGAGCUCAAGAGGAAUUUCCGCAUCCCUUUGAAACCUCUCAGAGCCAAGAUAUUCAUGCAGCUCACCCUAGCAUGAAUGAAAUGUUUUGACCUCAUUACUCAACAGCAGAAGCAGUCUCUGCUUCAGAAUACAGCAUUAAUCCUGAAUUUCGUCCAUAUACUGCACCUCCUAAAGGAAGCUCUACUAGUAGAUCUGGCUGAGGAAGUAAUUUGGCGCUCAACUACCUCUCAGUCUCCAAGUGUUCUUCAUCAACAGUAUCUGCUUCCCCUGCGUCUCCCUCCAUCUCCAGGAGGUAGUCUAGAGCACAACCUUCAUACAGAGGUUCUCACUCCUUACCCAGGCACUCUGUUUCCCCUGAAGACCUUGAUGCAGCCUUAAGUGCUAGCGAUCAGAGCCUCUGCCACGGCCCAAUCAUUUGCAAAAGUGUCCCUUGCAUGGGCAAUCCUCCUCAAGACCUGAACAGGUCUUACAUGUCCUUGUCAAAGAUUUCCAGCGCACCGGGAGGCUGAUGUGCUGUCUUGCAAUAACUUGGCCUCUGAACCUUUUCUAGGGGGUGAGCUCUUUGGCGAAGAGGCUUUAAAGGGCAUCCUGGUUGGGUCUAUUGACAAGAAAAAAGAGAUGACAAAUCUUUCGCCACACUUUUCGAGGCUCAAGGUCCUUCAGAGGCAGGGAUUUUCGGUCCUCCCAGCCUCCUGGAACAGGCAGUGCGAUGGGUUGAAAGAAAAUCAACAGUCCUAUUCCUGCAACACUCAACAGAACAAACCCCAUCUCUCUUGGCGUUUUUGCUAUUCCAGUGGAAGGACAGCUGCCGCGAUACACCCAUAGUUGGCAGCAGACCACAUCUGACAGAUGGGUGCUGGACACUGUCCGCAAAUACUUACCGCUGCCAGUCUCAUCAGACCCCUCCAAGAAAAACGUCUGUUAUACUUACCAUUUUUCCAAUAGUUACUCCAUUAUAUUUUUUCUAUCAGAGAGUCUCCUUGAAUUUUUAAGGGCAGCCUUUCCCAUUGAAAGCCAUCUCCCAUGCAAUACUUGUAUUGAAUCUUGCUUUUUGGCUUGUUAUUUAAAAACUGAAGAAGGAGCAGGGAGGAGCUAAGAUGGCAGCUUCUUGUUUCAAUUCUUUAUUUUUAUUUUUCAAACUUGCAAUGUUGCUUAUUAACCACCAGGUGGCACCAAACCUAAAUCCCAAUCUGGCAGCAGCUUUUAUGGGAUCUAGAAAUACCUUCCAUAGUAGGUAUGACAGACUUUUCUCUUACAUUUCCUUAGACCACCUGAAUGGAACCUGUAGCUCACAGAUAGCCUGGAUGUUCUCAAACAUAUAAAGGGCUCUUUACAACUGAAUUAUUUCAUCUUUUCAGAUAAUGUCCCUGUAGAAAAGCACAUACAAGUAUUAGUUUUAGUAUUAGCAUUAUUUAUUACCGUAUUUUUUGCCCCAAAGGACGCACCUAGUUUUUUUGGGGGGGGGGAAUAAAGAAAAAAAAAAUAUUUCCCCUCCAGGCGCGGGGGAAGCCCGAGCUUCCCCCGACCACAGCCCUGAGAACAGCCUGCUAUCUGCAAGCCUAGGGAGCCCGGCGGGAAGUUCCGCCAGUCUCCCCAGGCUUGCGGAGAGCUGCGCGAAGCCCGGGCGCGCUCUUCAGUGCGCCCCAGGCUUCAGAAUGCAGGCAGCUCUGCGCAACCCUCGGGAGACCGGCGCGAAGUCAGAGCUUCCUUAAGUCUGGAGAGCGAGAGGGGUCGGUGGGCACCGACCCUCUCGCUCUCCAGGCUUCAGCGAAAGCCUGCAUUCGCCCCAGAGGACGCACACACAUUUCCCCUUCAUUUUUGGAGGGGGAAAAGUGCAUCCUAUAGGGGGAAAAAUAUGGUAAAUUUGUAUACCACCUUUCAUCCAAAGAUCUCAGGGUGGUUCGUAACUGAAAAAUACAAAAUGAGAAUACAAAAUACAUACAACCCCCCCCAAUAAUUCCCUCCCCCUACCACAUUUAAAAAGCUGAAGAAUGUUAAAUCAGCCUGAAGAGACGUUUUUGCCUCGCACAUAAAGAUUUGUAAUGAAGGUGCCAGGCAGGCCUCCCUCAGCAGGAGCCAUGGGGUGGCAGCGAGAGAAGCGAGGCUUUGCUUCCCCACCCAAUCAUGUAGAGGGGGUCCACCUUCUUCAGGCCAGCUUGGGAUACAGCUUGCCGCCACAGUGUUGCCAGAAAUGGGAGAGGCAGGAGGGAGAACAGGAGGAGGAAAACAUGGCAGCAGCUGGAGUGCUCCUGCUGCCGCCUUGUGGGGCGAGAUGGUUGUGGAGUUGUGCUAACACUGGGGUGCAGAACCCGCAGGAGCUGUUUAAGAAACAGAACGAGUAGCUCUGCAUUUGUCGUACAGUGGAACCUCUGUUUUUGAACAUAAUCCAUUUCAGAAGACAGUUCGACUUCCAAAACGUUCUAAAACUGAAAGCGGAAGCUUCAAUUCAAUAGGGAAACUCAAAACGGAAACUGCUUUGGGCAUUCAGGUUCCGCAAAACGUUUGAAAACCAGAGCAUUUACUUAUGGGUUUUCGUCAUUCAGGAGCCGAAAUGUUAGAAAAUGGCGCCAUUCAAGAACCGAGGUUUUACUGUAAUGGUGGGGCUCCUUGGCAGCAUCCACAGCAGCAGAGGGUUGGGCAUUUGCACACCACUGGCUAUGCCUCUUGCAGUGGCCAUUGGUACUCCAUUGUUGCCUUUGCUGCUUUCUCCCGCCGCUGCCAGGAACAGCCCUCUGCUGCUGGGGCUUGAGAGUUGCUGCCUCGACCCCAACAAAGCUGGGUCCAAGCGACCUCCACUGAGAAAAAAGAGGAAAGAAGCGGCGAAUGUUUCGGCGGCAGGGGGAGUGGCGGAGAACUCCAGCUUUCAGAAGGAAGUGAAGCUGCUGAAGCCCAAUGAGCUGGAGUGGCUGGUCGGCUGCUGGGAAUCGCCUUUAAAGGGUUGGGAGGGAGCCAUGAGCUGUCUUUGGAGAGUAUGAUAGUGGCUAAGGAAGAAAUAUAGCAGAAGGCUAUAUUUCAGUGCAUCUGCAAGAAGUGUUUGGUCGGAUAGGAAACAAGAGUAGACGUAGAGUAGAUCCAUUUAAGUUAUGGUGAUGUUCACAAUGGGUCUAGUGUGAGUAGGACCCAACAUUGGAUUCAACCCAUUGUGUGCUGUUGUACAGAAUAUUGUCAAAGAAUGUGAGAGCUGUGCUUUUUCUGUUAGUUUUUGGAUUACUUUGGAGGAGGACAGGCGCUUCAUUUGCAGAUUGAACAUUGCAAUAUCUAUAUGCCAAUUGCCAUUUACAUAUGUUUCUGGGCACUUCAACUGCCCACUGACUAACCUGUUGCUAUUUAGAACUCUUGGCGAGCUCAAUAUUUUUUUGUUGUCACUGUUUGAGAGCCAUACUAUUCGCUCUGGAAUCCUCCCCUCAGCGAUCUGAAACCGAAGUGUGUGUACUGCAGUUGCUUAUUGAAGGGAGGAAAUGAACUCUGCACACAUUCCAGGACACUUCGUUGUUAAAUCACUAUCAAAUUAAACGGUUAAUUUUGUGCGAAGAAGGAGGAUUUCCUUGCAGAGGCCUCUGUGUAAGUAGUGGUCUCAGUGAGAAGAGGAUUGGGAUGAGCUCAAUCGCUGGAAACAUUAUCUCAUAUGCUGCAUAUGCUUCAAUAUAAGAUAAAUGGGCCUGCUAACUGGGAACUUGCUUCAUCUCGUUCCAACUAUGAGAAAACCAAGAAUGCACCAUAGGCCCAGUUACUAGGGCAUUCUAGGUUAGGAGCCUCCUGAUUGGCUCUGGAUGUGGAAGAAAAUUGAGCCUUUGCACUGAUUUAGGUUCAAGACUCUGUUUAUUAAGGCAAAGCUAUUGUGUUGGGGAAAACUCCCUCAUCCUCUUCCUUCCAAUCAGUAGGGCUUCUGCUUACAUCCAGAGCCAACAAGCUUUACAGGGGGGGAAACACGGGCAAAACUUCAGACAUACAAUAUCAUACAUCAUUCUUUUACCAUCCAUCCCAUCUUCAUACCUUUUCUUUCUUUCUUUCUUUCUUUCUUUCUUUCUUUCUUUCUUUCUUUCUUUCUACUCUUAAGGGAGAUGUGGCCUUUUUGUUUCACCUGCAAGAUCAUACCAGCUGUGCUGCGAACUGGAUCCUGUAAUACCUAUCCUAACAGUGUUAGGAUUUGUAGCUUUGUUAUUCUUUAUCCUCUUUUAUAAUUCCAAGCUAUGUUUCUUUUCUUUCUUUUUUUAAUAUAUUUUAUUAAGAAUUUCAACAUAACAAUUUAUCAAAAAUACGUCAUCUUCAUUUUUUUCUCUCCCCAUUUUUUUGCUCCCCCCAAACCCCCCUCCCCCCACCCACCCCCAGACUUCCCUCAGCUCCUUUAUCUAGUUUUUCAGCACAUAUUAUUCUCUGCAUGUUAUAAAAUUGUAAAGAUCCUUAAGUUGUCUAUAUUUAUAUUACCAAUAAAAAGUUUGUGUAUGUUUAUUCAAAACCUGAGAAGGAGUCAAGUUCGCCAAUCUGUUUCUUAAUUGUCCCAGGUUUGGGGAACAGGCCUUGACAGCGAAAAACACAAUUGUCAGAUUGUCAGUAAAAGAUCUGUUAUAAAGGCUAUCUCUCUUUUUUUGGUCUUGCAGUGACUGUGAAUUUUCGCCCGGUGAUCUGGUUUGGGCCAAACUCGAAGGCUACCCUUGGUGGCCAUGCCUUGUGUACAAGCAUCCAACAGAAGGAUCACUUUUCAGAGGCAGAGGAAGAUCCUCUCGCAUCCAUGUACAGUUCUUUGACGACGACCCAUCAAGGGGUUGGGUUAGCAUUAGAUAUAUACGACCAUAUACAGGUAAGAGUUGAUAACUGAAUGUAAUAGGUGAUAACAGAAUAUACUAUAUAUAAGUAAAUGGGGGGGUGAAAUUAAAUGCAGGUCACAUAGAUAUUACAAGCAGUGCUGCAUCCCUCUGUAAAUUGACCACAUACUGAGAGGCUUGGAAGCACUGUUCAGCUAAGCUGCCCUUUCACCUUCAUUUGAGUAGGAUGCAGCUCUUCAAUUUGACUUGACUUGGCAGUACAAGGGAUUAAGGCUGUACUAUUUCACGUAGCACGCCCCUGUCCUGUUACUGUAGGCAACUUGCAGCCCUAUGCCACUCUUGGCAAAAGCCCCACCCGUAUUGAGUGAGCAGCACUCGUUGCAGAGGGAACUAUAGAGUGCCAAAGAUGGUUCUGUAUUCAGCACCAACAUUUGAUAUGCUAUUUUGCAUGAAAAUAAUCAUUCUGACUGUGCGAGUUACACCAAACUUUCCCCUUCCUGCUGCCCCCUGUAUUCUAACAGCAGAUUAGUAGUAGUUUAUGUGGAAUGAUUUAAAAAGUCAUGCAAUUUAAUAUACAUAGUAAUUAGAGUAGUGGCAGGUCUAAAUAAUAGUUCUGAAGAGAUAUGGGAAUACAGUGGUGCCCCGCAAGACGAAUGCCUCGCAAGACGAAAAACUCGCUAGACGAAAGGGUUUUGCGUUUUUUGAGUCGUUCCGCAAGACGAAUUUUCCUAUGGGCUUGCUUCGCAAGACUUGCGAGUUCUUGCGAGUCUUGCGAGUUCUUGCGAGUUUGUUUCCUUUUUCUUAAAGCCGCUAAGCCGUUAAUAGCCACUAAGCCAUUAAUAGCCGUGCUUCGCAAGACGAAAAAACCGCAAGACGAAGAGACUCGCGGAACGGAUUAAUUUCGUCUUGCGAGGCACCACUGUAAAUGCAGAAUCUUUAAUUUGGGAUUGUUACUGUAAGGUUUCUGCAUGUUAGAUAAUAAAAAACUAGGAGAGACCAGGAGCAUGUUUUAGCCAAAAUCUGUUCUCUGACUGAUUCAUUUUUAUGUUACAGGUUCUUCUGGUAGAGAUACCAGUAGGGGAGGCAUAUUCUACAGUUCAAGACCUGAAAUUAGAAGAGCAAUGGAAUUGGCAGAUGCUGCUUUGCAAAAAGAGAAGAGUGAGCGACUUAACCUGGCAGUGUGUGACAAACCUUCAGAGAGCGAGGAAGAAGACGAUGAGGAGAUGGAGGUCACUCUUUAUAAUUCUUGUUUCCAGAAGCAAUUAGAAAAACGGGAAGAGAGGAUGCUCAUGAUUUGUAGGACAGUUCUGUAUAUGUAGAUAGUUGCCUUUCUCUUUAUUGUUUUGGAACUGUAACAAGUAUGUGUCUGAACUCACAUGCAUGUCCACACUCACAUGUACACACACUAACUAGAGGUUUGGGAUCUUUUGGUAGAAUUAUAACAUGUCCAUUUUUGAAUAUGUGUUUGCCUCUGUUCCUGCCUAAAUAAAACUCCUAACACCCAAUACUUUUUGUUCUGGGCUGGCGAUCAUUACUACUACUACUACUACUACUACUACUACUACUACUACUGUUGUUAGUAGUAGUAGUAGUAAUCUGCCCUAUACUCAGAUCUCAGGGUGGUUCACAGCAUAACAAUCUCUUAAUUGCCAGACGGGCAGCCCAGUAAUUUUUAGAGGCAAGCAAAUAGCUUUACAUUCAGAUUCUCGAGGAACACAUUAAAAAAACAAAGCUUGGUUUAUCAUAUGAAAUGAAAAUGACAGAAUACAUAAAUGCUGUUUCAGACAGUAAAAUUACAAUUCAGGCAGGUAGCAAAUCCUACCACACACACACACCUUGUUCUAAAGAGUGGAAGAAUCCCUGCCUAUUCUCAAGCCUGCGGAAGUGAGCAUGACUAUUAUGCUAGCAAGACUCACACUAAUAGUAAGUUAAGAAAUGGAGAAGGUGGGGAGAAUACCUGUCCUUAGGCAUGUGUGUGUUCGUUCCUUGUGAGCGCAGAAUGAAGAUCCUUGGAGCUAGGAGAGCCGCUGCCUACAGAUUUUGGGGUUCCUUUAUACGCUUUUCUUUGUGGAGAAAGGAGGGGACUUUUCAGGUGGACAAUUCCUAUUGUUUCAGUUGCCUUUCCCUGAGAGUUCCUACCCAUUUCUCACUUCCCCCGUGUUGCAGAUUAAGAGUUUGAAAGACUCAUCCUAGUGGGCUGUGACUGAACUAGUUAUCUUGGUGUGUUCUCUGUCUUUAAGUUAUAAUAACAUUAUAGUGAUUGUCUCCAUCCAGGGCGUCAGUAGACUGUACUUGGGAAAUUUGCAUGUGCUAACCUUUAUGCAAAGUGUUAGGAGUUCAGGAUGUUGUCUGAAUGCCUUUCAGGGCAUGCUUUUGAUAAGGCUGGUACUUGGGUCAAGCAAGGCUCAAUGUGGGGAAUCUCGUAUUAUAUUUUAAGUUAUGUCACUCUUCUUACUAAUGCUAUGAUCUACAGUAAUAAACCACAGAAUAAGUUCAGAAUGACGCACAGCUAUUCACAGCAGCACUUUCUUCUGUGGUUAUGAGCCAACUUUCCCAGGGUAGAGCAUGGUACUCUGUAAGGAAAGCUUGGAGGAGAACACACCCCAUCCUUUAUGCUUGUCACUUAAUUCAAGGCUAUGCAAGUACAAGUUUAAUUUGCUGAAAUGGAUGACUUUCAGGUCGCCUCAGAGCGGAACAUAAAUUGGGAGUUGCCUGUAGGGGCUUUCCUUCACAAUUGAAAAAGAAACCUCUUGGUUGUCCUCCUCGUUCAGGAUCUUUAGAACUGACACCUGACUGCUGAAGAACUGUGUGUAGGCUUGAACAAAACGGAAGUAUUGGAGAUAACUUAUUCCAGCAUUUGAUGCAAUUGAGCCUAGCUACUGCUCUGCCAUAGAACUCCUAAUUGCAUACCCAUCGUUGCGCUAGUCCAAGUGGAGAGGUUGAAACCUCUCAUUCACCUAUCACAAAUCCGAUGAGCAGAGGGAGAUCACAUCCCCAUUGUUCACUGGUCAUGAUGGAGAAGUUGAAAUCUCAUAUCUGCCCGACAGCCUCACCUGCUGCUUAAUUUAAAGCAACAACGAGAAGAAGACAGCAGCCAAAUUGUUGGGUCCCCCAUCAGAAAGCUUGCCUUGUCAAAGUUGUAGCAUUAGCCUGUCUUUAAAGCAUCCGAUUUUUUAUACUACUUCUUUUUUGUCUUUGGCAGGUGAGCGAUGAGGGUGAUGAUUUUGGCACAUCUGAGGAAGUGAAACGUAGAAAAAGGCAAAUUGCAAGAAAGCAACAUGCUGAGAAAUCCAAAAAGAGAAAGAUCAUGGAUUCCGACAGUGAACGCGAGUAUUCAGACAUGGAGUUUAAACCUGAUGAAGCUAGCAGUGAUGAAAAUAGCGUUGGAGUUGCUGACAGUGAUGCUUCUGAAUCGGAGGCUGACCCAGGAAAGAAAGUAAAGCGUCCCAUUAAAGUCUCCCCUAAACCAGUGCUGGAAAAGGCAUCUAAACCUCCCCAGAAUAAUGUGUCUGUAACGCCCAGCAGAGAAACAAAUCUUUCUGCUGAGAUAAAGUAUAAGUUGUCAUCUUUUGCAGCUCCUGAAUGCUUUGAUUUUCAGCCAAGCAUUAACGGAGGAGGAACAGGAGCAGGAGCAGAUGGCAAUCCGACUUCAUGGGAACAUGAUAAAAUUGACUGGCUCCAGGAUGGUAAAAGGAAAGAUGCUCGUAGGAGACGGCAAAAUGAUCCAGAUUAUGAUCCAAAUACUCUGUUUGUGCCAGAGGACUACCUUAGAAACUGCACUCCGUUAAUGCGGAAGUGGUGGGAGAUGAAGAGCCAGAAUUUUGAUAGCGUGCUUUUCUAUAAAGUUGGGAAGUUCUAUGAGCUGUUCCACAUGGAUGCUGUUAUUGGUGUUAACAAGAUGGGCCUGUCGUUCAUGAAAGGCACUUUUGCUCACUCUGGUUUCCCAGAAAUAGCGUUUGACAGAUACUGCACUAUAUUAGUCCAGAAAGGUUACAAAGUGGUUCGUGUUGAGCAGAUUGAGACUCCUGAGAUGAUGGAAGCACGCUGUAGAGCCUUGGCCCACCCGACAAAAUACGACAGAGUUGUGCGCCGAGAAAUAUGUAGGGUUAUUUCCAAGGGGACACAAACCUAUGGUAUUCUAGAUAGUGACGAUUUGGACAGCCACAACAAAUACCUCCUCUGUGUGAAAGAAAAAGUUGACGAUUCUGCUGGCCUUCAGCGUACCUAUGGCGUAUGCUUUGUUGACACGACAGUGGGGAAGUUCUACCUGGGUCAGUUCUCGGAUGACCGCCAUUGCUCAAGGUUUAGAACUCUCUUGGCUCAUCAUAUUCCUGUGCAGAUACUUUUUGAGCGAGGGAACCCCUCUGCAGAAACACAGAAGAUAUUCAAAGGCUUACUCCCCUCUACUGCGCAAGAAGGUUUGAUUGCUGGGUCUCAGUUCUGGGAUGCAUCCAAAACACUGAAAACAUUGAUUGAAAAAGGCUACUUCCAGGACAAAGAAAAUCCAAGCGGUGAGCCCAUCCUGCCACCAGUAAUCAAAUCUAUGACUGCGGAAACUGACUCACUGGGACUUACCCCUGGGGAAAACGCUGAGCUUGCGCUCUCUGCUCUUGGCUGCUGUGUCUUCUACCUUAAAAAAUGCAUUAUUGACGAGGAACUCUUAUCAAUGGGGAAAUUUGAAGAAUACAUUCCUGUGGAUGUUGAUAUUGCAAAAGAACAAAACUUAAGCAGUCUCUUUGCUAAAACAAGCCAGAGGAUGGUGUUGGAUGGGGUCACCCUGGCAAACCUAGAAAUUCUGCAGAAUGCAACCACUGGGUCAGAAGAAGGCACAUUGCUGGAAAAUAUUGACACUUGUUGUACGCCCUUUGGAAGGAGACUCCUGAAACAGUGGCUCUGUGCACCGUUGUGUAAUCCUUCCACCAUCAAUAACCGCCUGGAUGCAGUUGAAGACCUCCUAGCUGAAGCUGCCAAAAUGUCAGAAAUCCGUGACCUUUUAAGGAAACUCCCAGACCUUGAAAGGCUUUUAAGCAAAAUUCACAGUAUUGGGUCAUCCCUUAAGAACCAGGACCACCCUGGCAACAGGGCUAUUUUAUAUGAGGAGGCCAGAUACAGCAAGAAGAAAAUUGUAGACUUUUUGUCCGCACUGGAAGGUUUUAAAAUAAUUAUGGAGAUUAUCUCAAUUUUGGAAGAUAUUGCUGAUGAUUUUACAUCCAAAACACUAAGGCAGAUAGCGAUGGUCAAAUCUAAGAAUCCAGAAGGCCGCUUUCCAGACAUUAAAGCAGAACUUGAAAGGUGGGAUGCAGCUUUCGAUCAUAACGUUGCACGAAAGACUGGUGUGGUUAACCCAAAAACUGGGUUUGACACUCAAUAUGAUAAAGCGCUAGAGGAUAUAAGCAACAUUGAGGAAGGCCUUCGUCAGUAUUUGGAAAAGCAACGCAAACGGCUUGGCAUUAAAGCUGUGAUGUAUUGGGGAGCAGGCAAAAACCGCUACCAGAUGGAGAUUGCGGAGGGUUCAGUGCCUGCAAACCUGCCUGAUGAUUAUGUGUUGAAAUCUACCAGAAAGGGCUUUAAGCGCUACUGGACUAAAGACCUGGAGAAAAUGCUGAACGAGAUCAUCAACGCUGAAGAACGGAGGGAUACGGCACAGAAAGACUGUAUGAAGAGGUUAUUCUACAACUUCGAUAAAAGCAGCGAAGACUGGCACACGGCAGUGGAAUGCAUUGCAGUUCUAGGUACGAAGACUUCUACCAUGGUAUAUUCAAGUUGAAAAUGUACUAUUAAUUUGUUAGCGUGUGGGCAGCUUGAAAGAGCUGGGGUUCCGUAAUAUGGAAUGUUGGCAUUUAAUCCCUUGCAAAGAAACCAGUGUGGAGUGCCACUGUGUAUAUUAGGAAUAUUAGCUGGGGGUGGGGGCUAAAUGUUAGUAUACAGAAAAGGAUUGUUUCCUUGCUUCUUGCGUAAGGAGUGACUCUUAGCAAAGGCAGUUGAUAGCUCCGUGCAGUGAUGAGCAUAAUGAUGCAUAAUCUUGUAACCUGUGUGAUUAUUAUUACAGUUGCAACAGCCGUCGCUGCACUUGCUCGGGGAGAAACUCUAUGCACCUCAUAUCUCUUCAGACUGAUGAGAAGGGUGUGUGUCCUGUCCUGGCAUCCAAUGAAAUGUGUGCAUGUCUAAGGAGGCAUUUUCAGUAGAGGAGAGACUGAGCCAGGGCAGACAGGAACUGAGCAGGAAAAGCAAACAGCCUCUUGUGCAUUUGGGGGGGAAUAUAUACCGAGAGCUUCAGUGAGUGCCAUAGGAGGAGAUGCUAGUUGGGUAUGCUAGUACCUGUGGGUGCCACACUGGCGUCCUCUGUCGUAUCUUAUGAGGUGGGCUGUGUCCCACAAAAGAUGAUGUGGUAUUGUUUUUCAGAGCAAGCCUGCUUUAAGCAAGAGUACUUGCAAUCUAAAUCUGUAGGUAAGGAGUCAGCCUGAGUUCUAGAGAAGCUGAGAGCUCAGCAAAGAGAUAGCUUCAAAACUGGGAAAGUACCAUAUUUUUCCUUGUACAAGAUAACCCUUAACUAUUUUGAACCCAAAAUUAAGAAAACAAAACCCUAAAAUAGAUGGGUGGCGGUGGAAGCCAAGAAAGGUGGGGGUUUGAAGGGGGGGGGGUGGAAAGGAUACUCUCCAGUGGUUGUGCUGGCGGGGAGGAAAGGGACAACAUCAGGAGGGACUGCCAAAAUCCUGGAAAAAACCUUGUCUUAAACAUGGAAAAAUAGGGUAUUCCCAGGCUUUCUGUUUAAGAUUGCCAUCACCUUCUGCUCUUUUUUGUAUAGUUUCAGUCUGAUCUAAUUGAUGGAAACACUAUCCCUCAAUCAUUUUAAAAUUAAACAAAUUUCAGACUUCCAUCUUAUUUAUACUUUCCUAAUAAUUGUGCAUUAAUUGAAAUUUCUGUGUUGGAUGUUAGCAGUACGUAGUGCAGUAAAAGCUUCUUGUUUGGUGGAGAAGAUGGUGAAAGUUUUGUGACUGAAGUAUGUUGAGUUGAAAUAAACGACAGACGAAUGACAAGUGUCAUAUGGGAGGCAUCUGCCGAGCAUGUCUCGGAGAGUCCCUUUUAUUGAAUAUUACAGCAUUGCCACAUAUGUGCUUGUUGCUGAUUGGUUAACACAAAUACAAUGCAAGGGCAUUAAUCAUCAAUAGAUUAAAGGUUGGGAAAGGGAACACAUUGUUAGACAGGUAUGAAAACCUCCUUAUUAAACUGUUACUAGUGAUUGAUAUUGCAGAACUUUAAAGAACAUAACAAUCGCAUUCCGUAGAUGUGGUCAACCAUGCAUUAAGAACAGGUCAGGGUACGAUGUUUCAUGAACUCAAUGUGAACUGAACAUUCUAGGGUGGAUGAGGAAGGAAUGCUUCAGCUCAGAGCGGUUUGCCAAACUCAUGUGCAGAAGCAGAACUUCCCAUCAGAAGUACUUGGAAGUAACUGAUACUUUAGUCACUUGUGAUAUAGCCCAGUGCUCUGAAGAAGGAAUGCAGGAAACGGGAAAACUGACUGGGAUUUUCUCCCCCCCCCCCCCCAAUAGAUGUCCUAAUGUGCUUUGCACACUAUAGCCAGGGAUGUGAUGGACCGUUGUGCCGACCUGUAAUUGUGCUUCCGGAGAACAACACGCUGCCCUUUUUGGAACUGAAGCAUUCCCGCCACCCCUGCAUUACAAGAACCUCAUUGGACGAUGACUUCAUCCCUAACGAUAUCCUCAUAGGUGUACAGGAUGAAAAGGCAAAUUCGGAGAGCAGGACUUGCUGUGUUCUAGUGACUGGUCCAAACAUGGGAGGAAAGUCCACACUCCUGAGACAGGUGAUCAUAGAACAAGACACUUGGAAGCAUGGUUUAUCUGUGUAAUUCCCCUCUUUCUUCCUAUUUUUACAGGCUAACUACCCCAUUGGGAUUGGUUAAGGGGUUUCUUCCCCCAGUCAGUGCAUGUUCUAUGCUUUCAUUUGCAACAUGCAGGCUAGGUAUAGGGCAGUAUACAACUAUUAUUAUUGUAAUAGAUAGAUAGAUAGAUAGAGUUCCCAUUGCAAUCUGGAUUGUGUGAGAAGACUGGAGAGGGGCUGAAAGUUGGGUCGGGUAGGAAGUUGGGGACUUUGGGACUCAAGACAUGUACUGUAUAAAUACAUUGACAUGUAUAAAUACAUAUGAAUUCCUGUAGGAAAAUAACAUGCGCAGGACAAAUCGUCCAAAUGCUUUUAGCAAAGUAGCAUUCAUUUAAAACGAGGCUAAACCCAAUGUUAGUAACAUUCCUGCUUACCUAGAUCCUACUGUUGAAAUAAUUAGGCAAUUGUACUUUGUUCAGUUUUCUUUCAUCACCUGUUUGAUGUGGAAGUGCAUAGUAUGUAGAACAGCAGGAUUCUGUUGGGGAGGGGGGAAAGAUGUGCACUUUCCAUACGUUCAGUGUUUUUAAUACCCUAGAUUGCCCAAUCACAAGAGCUGUUGGCUGGAAGGCUACUCCUUGCCUAAAUGUUUGCUCUUACAGAAUGAGAAUCGGAUCAUAACGGAGCAUUGUGAGAGCACAAGUAGGAAGCGUUUGUAACCAAGAUGGCAAAACAGCACAAUUGCUUCCUGUCUUUCCUCUCUAAAACCAAGGGAACCAGUCGAACAUACAGUGGUACCUCGGAAGUCGAACGGAAUCCUUUCCGGGAGUCUGUUCGACUUCCAAAUCGUUCGGAAACCAAAGCUUGGCUUCCGACUGGAGGCUGCGGAAGCUCCAUCGGACGUUUGGAUUCCAAAGAACGUUUGCAAACCGGAACACUCACUUCCGGGAUCGCGGUGUUUGGAAACCAAAAUGUCUGAGUACCAAGGCACUUGGGAUCCAAGGUACAAUUGUAUUUCCAAAAUUUAAUUUUUCCAGAAUUCCAUUAUCUGUUCAACUGAUUUCCAUUUCCACAGCAGCAUUGGGGUGCUUAAGUAUGUUUAAAUCCAUGCUGACUGAUAUCCAUUAGGGCUCUGUCGAGCUGUACAGAAACUCUAAAAUAAGAUGGAAUAAUUCAGCAUUAAACAUCAGGUUGGUGUGGCAUGCUCUACUGCCAACUUUUAUUUGUCGGAAUAGAUGCAGGUUUUAAGGUGUCAAUUUGUACUGGGCAGUCCAAAUGCAGACAACUUCAUUUUGGUGGAAAUAGCAUUGGAGGAGGUAAUGAACUGAAGUAUCUCUUCCUUAGCAGCAGGACAAGCAGGUGAAGCAAGUUCUCUAAUACCUAUUGGUUUUAUUGCUUUGCAGACUGGCCUUGUGGUGAUCAUGGCCCAGUUGGGAUGCUUUGUACCUGCCGAGUCUUGCAGGCUUACUCCUGUCGACAGAAUAUUCACCAGACUAGGGGCUUCAGAUAGAAUUAUGUCAGGUGAGUUCUGUCAGUUUUGGGGUUUCCGAGAAAAAAUUGCUAAAGCAAAACAGGCGACAUGGAACUUUUUGUAAAGGGAAGGAGGUGUGCCCACCUCAAAAUACUUGUACAAUGGUACCUCGGGUUACAGACGCUUCAGGUUACAGACUCCACCUUCCCAGAAAUGGUACCUCGGGUUAAGAACUUUGCUUCAGGAUGAGAACAGAAAUUGCGUGGCGGCGGCACAGCAGCAGCAGGAGGCCCCAUUAGCUAAAGUGGUAUCUCAGGUUAAGAACAGUUUCAGGUUAAGAACGGACCUCCAGAACGAAUUAAGUCCUUAACCUGAGAUACCACUGUAUAUGAAAAUAGUUAUACGGUGACAAGCACUAGAAAUACUUAUGGGGAGGGUGGGAAUGGUCUGGCCUCUAGACUCCUCUCUCCUGCCUAUCCAUACUUACUUAAGACAGAUGUACCCUGAGGGAAGGAAGAAGUGAGGAAGCCCAGACCAAGGAGCCCAUGACCACCAGUUCUUGAAGGGACCAUCAGUAGCCUAAGAGACCUGGCAGUUCUGACCCCUCCCCCCCCGUAGCCCCUUAAGACCCAUGUGCCCUGAGGGAAAGCAGCAGAGAAGAAGCCUGGGACAGGGGGUUUGUGCCAGCAGGUGCUGAAGCUGGCCUGAGAAAGAACCGCUUGGUUCCUACCCGAAACACUAGUUCUGGGUUACGGCAGCAAGGACAUCAGUGAGGGACAUGCCGAAGGUUCCUUAACUAGGGUGGGGAAGGAACUGUUCCUUACAGACGAAGGAACAUUUGAAGGGCUCAGCUACCAAAAGCAGCUUCCACUGAGGCAAAGACAUUGUUUUCAUAUUGCUGAGUGAAUGAACUGGGCGGAGCUCAAGUAGGCCACUUCACAGACUUCCUCUCGGAGUUAAAGUUAGGUUUUUAAGGCUGCAAUCCUGUGCACUUAUUUAGGAGUAAACCCAGAUUAAAUUCAGCAGGGCUUGCUCCUGAGUAGACAAUGCACAAGAUGGUGCUGCAAGGGUAACAGCCAUAAUAUCAAUCCGUGAUGCAAUGGCUUGAAAGCUUAGUUUAGAUAUGGGAAGCCCAGGUUCAAGUCUCCCCCUUUUGAAAGCUCCCUGAGUCGUCUUGGGCCUGGUCUGAAGGCAUGAGUCCACCACCUCACUGGAAGUUAAGCAGACCUGGUCAGUAUCUGAAACGGAUCCUUCCUGGGAAUCACAUGCAUGGCACCUUGGUUUCACGACGAAAGGUGGCGUAUAAAUGCAAGAAUAUACAAAUUGACAGACUGCGAUGCCACACGUUUAGCUGCUGCCAAAAUGCAUGCAGUUCUUCCUGCCUCUGCUCUCAUCAUCAUCACUCCUGCUCCACACUUCCGUGGAGGCUCCUUGCGUGAUUUAGAAACCUGCAGUGACCAGGAUGUUUUUUUUCCCUCCACCAGGGGAAAGUACAUUCUUUGUUGAGCUGAGUGAGACUUCCAGCAUACUACGACAUGCAACAGAGCACUCUCUCGUUCUUAUGGAUGAACUAGGUAUGUAAUAACUUUUGCAAUAUCUGUCUCUUUUUUAAAAGACUUGUUUUGUGCCCACUUACAGGUAUGUCAAGUUAACAGCCCGAUUGGCAGGCUACAGCUGCCUGUACUCAGCCUGUGUCACUGCACAAAUUCCCGACUUAAACACUGUGUUGCAGAGCAAGAGCUUGGUUGCGUGACCAUGUAUGUACCAGUGCCAUUUAAAGCAAGCCCUCAGCAACUAUGCCUGCAGCUAUCGUGCCAGCACAGCUCUUGCCUGGGCUAUAGAUGCUAGGUGUGCUAACAGGGCAUAUGAAACAGCUGAGAGCCCAAUUUAAACAAGGCACUGGAUGCUGGCAACACCAUAUGGGAAGUUCUUGCCCACACGAAUCUUGUUUUUAAUUGGACCCAAGUUUCUUCUCGUUCUGGAAUGUGCCUGGGUCGGUCACAGUGACUUUGCUUAAGCAAGCUAAAGUGCACAAUUACAGACAUCUUGCUUCCACCCCAACAUCUUGACAAUCCCAUUUAGCAUCAUGCAAGAGAGAGCAGUCAACUAGUACUCGAACCAGUCUGCCCAAUAAUCUCAUUUGAUGUCUGGAUGGCUGGGAACAGUGUGUGUUGUGCCACCCUUCAUUUGGAAUCAAUCUAUUUUAGUAGCAGGCAAAGACCAUUUUAUUCAAGGCCUUCUAGUUUGCUUGAGAUUCUCUGUCAGUGUUUUUAUUGUUUUUGAAGAAACUUGCCUAGUUGUUUUUUACCCAUGCCACUCAUGUGCACUAGAAAGGGUAUUAUUUGAAUGUUGCCACUUUCUCCCAUACACCAUCUUAAGCCAUCUGUGACUGCAGCUGGUGAGAGUCUUAACAGACUUUUAGAAAUUUUCCUGCCCCUUGCAUUUUUUUUUAACCUGAUCAAAAGUUUUGGAGAACUCAAAAGCUUGCUUUUGUAACAAUCUUGUUUGCCUAAGGAUACCGUCCUGAUACAGAUUUUGGAAUAAAUAUUUUUAUCAGACUAAAUCAUUGCUUGUUAAACAAAAUAUCUCACAGCAAGCUUGCUUGAAUUUCCCAAAUAACUUCGCCCAAUUCUAGUUCUGAUUGUUGAGCCAAGGCUGCAGUUUAUAUACAUACAAUGGCAUUAUCACACAAGAAACCUCCCAUUAUGGCAGAGGUCCUAUUAUUCAAGUUGUGGAAGUUCUGUUCUUUUUAUAAAAGGGGUCUUGUUUAGGGUCUCACCUGCAUGUGAUGGUGAAGACAGGAUGGCUGAGCUACUUAGUCAUCCUGCUUUAAAAGUGGUUCAAAUUCUCAGUAUGCUGUUGGUUGUUUUAGUUGUUUGGAGUUUUUUGGGAAAGAAGGGAAAAGAUCCAGCCUAGUGCAAGGUUCAAAAUGUAUUUCAGCUGCUCUGGCAAUGCCUUGGAGUUUUAAACACAGCUUUCUUUACUUUCCAGGUCGAGGUACAGCUACCUUUGAUGGAACUGCUAUUGCUAGUGCAGUUGUCAAAGAACUUUCAGAGAACAUCAAAUGCCGCACCAUGUUUUCAACACAUUACCAUUCUUUAGUAGAGGAUUAUUCUCACACCCCUUCUGUGCGGUUGGGACACAUGGUAUGUAACACUUCCUUUCCCUUCAAAAGUGGUCUCGCCUGCAGAGGGCUUACGGGCUGGAACUCCCUUUCUUCAACACAGCUGGUAAACAAAGUAGACCAUUAAAGGCCUAGAUGAGCUGGUAGGAUUUGAAACAAGGGCCAUUGAUCCACUUUCCUUUGUGCUGUUUUUUCUUUUCAGGCAUGUAUGGUGGAAAAUGAGACUGACGAUCCUAGCCAAGAAACAAUUACAUUUCUCUACAAAUUCAUCAAAGGUGCUUGCCCUAAAAGCUAUGGCUUUAAUGCAGCAAGGCUUGCUAACAUUCCCGAAGAAGUUAUUCAGAAAGCUCAAGAAAAGGCAAAAGAGUUUGAGGCAACUACCCUCUCACUACGAUUGUUCAGGUAAGAUUUUUCACCAUGUACUUAGCUUGCAGGGCGGAGUGAUCCUUAAACUGGUGGCUUGCUGCAUGCUGCAGGAGAUGCGUUUAAACUAGCUUGCUGUGGAGUUGAUGUGACUGCACAGCACUGUUAUAUACUGUAUUGAGCCUAGCCGGAAGAGCAAGCAGUGUCUGAACAAGUACAUUAAGCUUGGUAUUAUUUCCUUCUAUUCUUUCCCCUAGUUUUAAACAUGCAUAUGUUGAUUGUGUGUUUUCCCAGGAAACAGUGCCAGAUAGCUGAAGGAGCUCCACUAGCCAGAGAUGAGCUUGACAAGCUAGCCGUGCUUCCUGUGUGAGACAACCUGUAAUAAGUUUCUACAGCAGUUUUUGAAGGCAUUAUGCAAACAACAGUGAUCUAAUAAACUUUAUUUUUUAAAAAUGACCAUUUUCCAUUGUAUUUCCUAGGAAAUUAAACCCUUUUAAUUCUUAGCUACCCCUCUACAUAAUGGUUAUUGAAUACUCCACAAUAUAUUAAGUCUAGAUGUUAUGGUACAUGCAUACACUUUCAGGCUGUUGAUUACCCACUGUCACCAAUACACAUAAAUGGAAAAAAAGCUAUGAAACUGUAUAGGGCUGUCUAUAUACUUUUGUCUCAUCUUCAUUAGAGGAGGAAAUUGCAAUUUUCAGCAGUUCAUAAGAGUUAAUGUCCAAGACUGUUCAAUAAAACUGUGAACAGAGUAAAUACAGGAUUGUUUUGAGGAGAUGUUCUUACAACAGUGUACUUUAAAACAUAGUAAAACCUCUUAACUGCAAACUGUCGCCUGCAUACUU